AUUUUUUCUUUUUAUUUUUUAACCGUCAGAUCUUCUUUUCCCUUCACAGCCUUCCCUUCCAUAAUUCAGUUUCACAUUCUCCGUUUCUUCCUCAAUAUUUUCUUUGUAGCCAAACAAACAGAAGAAAGAAAAAAAAAACACAGAAUCAUGGGCGUCGAUUAUUACAAUAUUCUGAAAGUGAAUCGCCACGCCAACGAAGAGGAUCUCAAAAAGGCUUACAAGAGGCUGGCCAUGAUUUGGCACCCCGACAAGAACCCUUCCUACAAAAGACCCGAAGCCGAAGCCAAAUUCAAGCUUCUCUCCGAAGCUUACGAUGUUCUAUCAGAUCCGAUGAAACGACAGAUCUACGAUCUUUACGGCGAGGAGGCUCUCAAAUCCGGACAAUUCCCGCCUCCUAACCAAUCUCACGCUUCCACGUCGGCGUCUUAUCCCCGCGGAGCUGGCCAUUACUAUAACAAUAGUAAUAAUAAUCAGAGGCAGCAGCAACCUAAUACGGAUUCUUUCAGGUUUAAGCCGAGGGAUGCAGAUGAUAUAUACGAGGAGCUGUUUGGGGCGGAGGCCAAUGGUGGAAGAGGAAAUAGAGGGUUUAGAGAAGGGCAUUUUAGGAAUAGUAAUGGUUACGGGACUAGUAGCACUACUAGUAAUGGAGAAUUGAGGAAAGCCGCUGCCGUGGAAAAUGUGUUGCAUUGUAGCUUGGAAGAGCUUUAUAAAGGUGCCAAGAAGAAAAUGAGGAUUGCGAGGAAUGUUUUUGACCCUUCUGUCUCAGGUAAGUUUAGGACUCUGGAGGAGAUAUUGACCAUUGAAAUAAAACCUGGUUGGAAGAGGGGCACAAAGAUCACAUUCCCUGAGAAGGGUAAUGAGGAGCCCGGUGUAAUUCCUGCUGAUGUGAUUUUUGUGAUAGAGGAGAAGCCACAUGCUACUUAUAAGAGGGAUGGUAACGAUUUGGUCGUCAAUCAAGAGAUUACUCUGCUAGAGGCCCUCACAGGUAGGACUCUUGACCUGACUACCUUGGAUGGGAGGAGUCUCAUGAUACCACUAACUGAGAUCGUCAAUCCUGGUGCCGAGAUUGUGGUUCCAAAUGAAGGAAUGCCUAUCUCGAAAGAAGCUGGGAGGAAGGGUAAUUUGAGGAUCAAGUUAGAUGUCAAGUACCCAUCAAGGCUAACCACAGAACAGAAAUCUGAGCUAAGGAGAGUUUUGGCCAGUGUUUCGUAACAUUUUAAAUAUUAGUAGGUCUUGGACUUUUGGUUGCAUGUAAAUAGUGUGUUUACAGUCGUAGGAUUGAAGAUUUGGAAGUUUUUGGGUUUCCCAUUUUUCUUCCUUUUGGUUUGGAGUGGCUGAGAAUUGGCUAUCCAUUUCAAUCAACCAUUUGGAGAUCAAGUGGGAAUAGGUUUCAUUCUAACUGGAAGGAUAGGGUUCAUUUGGGGCUAAAUAGGUAAUUAGACCGGAGCUUUAUCUAUAAUUUAUAUAUUUUUUGUGUGUGGGUUUUUCGCUCACAAACUAAAUGGAAUAUAUAGAAAUGUGAUAUGCCUUUGGAUUUUUGGCUUUGCUUAAAGGAAACAA